AGGCACAUUUCCUUCCCAGUUUUAUCUGAUCUACUCUGUCAACACCACACACUCGGACCCUACUGCUCCACCCCACGCCACCCCACCCCCUAUGCCAUCCCUCUCUUCUUCCCAACUCCCAGCACGCACACACACCAACGCUUCUCUCUUCUGCUGGAUACAGAAAAAGCAGAGCGACAACUUCAUCAGUAUAUUCAGUCCCCCAUCAGACUACACAUACGAAUAUAUAAAGAUAAAGACACACAUAUACAUACACACAAGUAUAUAUAGAGAGAAAAGGCAGGUGGGAUCUUGAGAUUUGUGAGUUAAAAAAGAGAUCUUGGAAAAUCAGUAGGAGUUAAAGCAAUGGCGGCUGAGUGUAAUUAUAGGGUAGUUGUGAAGUAAUGUUUCACAGUAAUGGCAAUGUAUCAUCAUCAAUGUGAUGUAUUUGUUUGUAAGAAAAGCAGAUAAGGAGGAAAAAGAAAGAAAGCCAUAUAUUUUUUCUUGGUUUUGUUGGCUCGAGAAUCGAGGCAAUUUUUCAGCUGAUGAGUUUGUUUUCUUGUGUUUGGUUUGCAGUUCUGUGAUCAUAUCAUAAAUUCUUAUAUGCAUAAUGCAUUGUAGUGAGAAUAAGAUGAGUGGCGAAUGGAUAAAGUUUGGUGCUUUGGUCCCUUUUAUGCAGUAAACGUGUUUCAGUUUUCCCAGAAUUUGCAGCUCGCUUGCCUGCUCAUUAGUUAUUUGUGUUUCUUGAGUGAAAUUGGGGGUAGUACAAGUUCUUCCGCGGAGUGAAGAGGCCAAUUUCAGAAACAAGAAAAUGAAGUUUAUGAAGUUGGGAUCAAAGCCUGAUGCAUUUCAAGCUGAAGGCAGCUGUGUAAGGUAUGUGUCAUCUGACCUGGCUACAGAUGUUAUCGUAAUUGUUGGUGAAGUUAAGUUUCAUCUUCACAAGGUAUAUUCUAUCAAACCAUUUGUGCAUAUUUUUUGCCUAUUCGGGCAUGGUUCCUGGUUGAACGUCGGAAAAGUUGUUGAUGGUUAUCUUGCGGAAAUUGCUCGUGAUAUAAAUCUCUCGGUCUCGAGUUUUAUUGAGCUAUCACAGUCAAUCCCUGAGUCAGCCAGACCAAUUCAUGAUGGAAUUUACGGUGCCAUUGAUGUCUAUUUGAAGGAACAUCCUAAUCUUACAAAAGCCGAACGGAAGAAAUUGUGCGGGCUUAUGGACAUUAAGAAAUUGACGACGGAUGCAUCAAUGCACGCUGUACAAAACGAAAAGCUACCUCUUCGUGUUGUUGUUCAAGUCUUAUUUUUCGAGCAGGUUAAAUCGGCUGCUGGAAUCCAAUCCGUAAACAACAGUACUGAUGCUGAUGCAUUGGAUGCCUCAAGAAACACGGAGGAAAAUCUAGCUGAAAUAGUGCCAGAACCCCGUAAAUCCCUGAGGAAACAGAUGGACGACAUGAAAAUAAAAGAAGAUGAAUUGCAGAAAAAUGGAAAGUUGACGAAAACGGGUAGUAAAAGCAGAGAUCCCGUGCAACUGCUGCCAUCUCGGUCGAGGAAAAUUUUUGAUAAGCUUUGGAUUGUGGGAAAAGGACAUGGAAAUGGAGAGAUUAAGAGUUCUGAUACUUCAGGGAGUUCUCAAAGCCCAACUUCAUUGAUUCAAGGGGAGACAAAAUCCACUUCAAGACAGAGAAGAUACUCUAUUUCUUAGAGGAUUAUUUUAGAGUUUAUUUGAAGUAGAUCAAGGGAGGGAAAUUGAAUCACUGAAAUGUAAAGUGGUAGGAAUUCUAUUACAGUAGAUAAAUUUGUUUUUAUGUUGUUCCUUUCAUCUGAUGGUUAUUGUAUUGUGACUUAUAUUUGUGUAUGAAUGUGAUUUACUUUACAAGG